AUGCACCAAUUACUUAGAUCCUAUCAGCCUUCAGUUGUAAAACUCUUUACAUCAUCAAUUCGCACAUAUGCCUCUAUAGGCUCUAGAAUUCCCGCAACCAAAGUAUUUGAGAAUUCACCAGGUAACGAUAUUAACUUAGCUGAGGAAACAUCUUCAGGACUGUCUAUUAUUGUUGGAGUACCAGGCGCAUUUAGUCCUGGUUGUUCCAAAAGUCAUAUUCCAGGAUACAUCAAUAAUCUUACCUCUUUCAAAAACAAAGGUAUCCAGCAAGUUUUUGUAAUUGCGGUAAACGACCCGUUUGUGACUAAUGCUUGGAGGGAAGCUUUGUUGAAGUCAGCAACUGGAUCAGAAAUUAUCCGCUUUAUUGCUGACCCUACAGGAGCAUUUACAAAAGAUCUCGAUUUGCUUUUUGAUGCAACCAAGAUCUUUGGUAACGAAAGAUCAAAGAGAUAUGCAUUAAUCGUGAAAGACGGCAAAAUUACUCAAACUUUUGUUGAGCCAGAUAACACUUCUGUGGAUGUAUCAGAUGCUUCAAAGGUCUUGGAGCAAGAGUUUUCAUCAGCAGAAAUCGAAAAGGCAAAACGAUGGCUUGCCAACUUCUCUCCAGAUAAGGUGCCUAAACACCAUUUCCAAAUCUCGUAUAGUAGGUCAUCUGGUCCAGGAGGACAAAAGGUGAACAAGACUUCAUCAAAAGCUACAGUUUCAUUAGAACCAGGUAAAUGGUUGGAUUCGAGUGUUUGCUACUGGAUUCCAGCGCCUAUCAAGGCACAACUUGAAAGCAAAGGAAUCCGCCGAGACGAAAACACAUUUGAAUGUUUUAAAAGACUAGUCGAAGAAAUCAAAGCAACCGUCUACUUUGCUGAAGAACCAAACGAAGACGCCCAAGCUAAAUGGGCCAAGCUUGAAGAAGAGUUCAAAGAAAGGAAAAAAUUUAACAAGAAAAAGAUGUCGGAUAAAAAACGCUCUAGGGUCAAUAAGUUUGAUUUAUAG